CUUUUGCAUACCGCAUAAUCAUAAUCGCGCUCCCCUAAAAAUCGACGCGUGUAGUAAUUAGCUUGAAACAGCACUAGUAAUCUUGUAUAGUGAUUUUUAGUGUUGCAAUAUGUGGGUAGUGUUACGAACAGUUUUCUUAAUUGUGUAUAGUUGAUAUUGGCAUGUUUUAUUACUAAAAUAGUUAAUAAUUUGGAUAAAUAUACAUACUGCGUUAAAAAAUAAUAAUUAAUUAUAAUCUAAUUAAUGUUUUUAAAUUGGUUCAAAAGUGUGAUGAAUUUAGAUUAACUUGCUAAAGUUUCGCUUUGAAGAAAAAUACGUUCUCAGAAAGAACCCAAAAGUAUUAGUGAUUAAUGAUUACAAAUAAAAACAAUCAGUGUGGUUCAAAACAAUGUUUCUAGUGUUAGCCUGAAUAAAACCAGUGAAUUACUUGUUACGCAUACGACUAAAAUAGAAGGAUUACUUAAAAAAGUGAGUGUGAUGUAAGAAAAAUUGCGAGUUUGGUUCUUUUAAGGAGAUAUUUCGCAUCCAUCAUCUGUUGCCGCGAACGGCCACGCAGUACCACUUAAAGAAAACGGUUCUCCGGAGCCCCGGAACCUCGAGCGCGCCGCUCUCGUUAGUCACUCGGUGCAUAUUAUCAUUUUCGCGUCGGGCCAACCGACUUGCCACACUAAUUCUCAUCACCACAGCGCUUUUACAGGAAAAUACAUCCGAUUUUAUACACGUAUUUUCGGUUAAAUCUAUACCGUUAACAAUUUUAUUUAUUUUCAAGUACUUCAGGAAUAGUUUCGAUCUUUACAGUCACUUUACUGGAAAAUAUAGCAGGUUUUCUUUGUAUAUUUUCGGUUAAUUUUGUACCGUUGUUAGAAAAAAAAAUCUUGAACCUUAUCGGAACUAGUUUUUUUCUUUAAAGUCACUUUACUGGAAAAUACAUCCAUUUUCCUCUGAGUACCAUCGGUUUAUAUUGUACCGUUUUCAAAACUAUACCAUUCCUCGACCUCAUCAUGGUUCAAAAUGCUGAAGUGGGUCCAGCGCCAAUCUUUCCGAUGUCCUCCGCGAUCCAGAGAUUCGGAUAGAGCAAUUAUCGAGGGUUCGGAUCCCAGGGUGGCAACGUGUCGUGGAAAGCUACAAAAUCGUCGUUCCAAGCUGAACCAGGAGAUCAACAAGGAGCUGAGGCUGAGAGCUGGAGCUGAGAACCUGUUCAAAGCGACGACAAACAAGAAAUUGAAAGAAACAGUAGCUGUAGAGCUGAGUUUUGUUAAUUCCAACUUGCAACUGCUCAAAGAACAAUUGGCUGAGCUGAAUUCUUCCGUGGAAUUGUAUCAGAGUGAUAGUACAAAUGCGGUGAUGCCCAUGAUACCUCUAGGCUUGAAAGAAACCAAAGAAAUCGAUUUUAGGGACCCCUUCAAAGACUUCAUCUUAGAACAUUACAGCGAAGACUCCGAUGCCUACGAAGACGCCAUAGCUGACUUUAUGGACACGAGGCAAGCCAUGAGGACACCUCUACGCGAUACUACCGGAAUAGGACUACUUUUUCGAUACUACAAUCAACUUUACUAUGUCGAAAGGCGGUUUUUUCCACCAGAUAGGUCACUAGGAAUAUAUUUCGAGUGGUUUGACUCUUUAACUGGAGUACCAUCUUGUCAACGGACUGUAGCUUUCGAAAAAGCUUGCGUCCUGUUCAACAUGGGUGCUAUCUACACCCAAAUAGGUGCCAAGCAAGAUAGAUCGACUGCAAAAGGACUGGAUGCAGCCGUGGAUAACUUCCUUCGUGCAGCAGGUACUUUUAGGUAUAUCCACGAAAACUUUACCAACGCUCCUUCUAUGGACUUGGGUCCAGAGAUUCUGGAGAUGUUGGUCCAGUUGAUGUUGGCCCAAGCUCGAGAGUGUCUCUUGGAGAAACUUCAACUUCAGUCUGAGGAGAACAGGACGAUAGAUAUUUGUCUGGAUCUAGCUCAGGAAGCUGCGGAAUUAGCUGAGUGCUAUGGACAUGUUCAUGAUUUAAUUUCCCACGAAGCUGUACAUGAUUACGUACCUUACAGUUGGAUCUCUCUCACCCAAGUGAAAAGGGAGUUCUACACUGGUCAAGCUCAUUGCCACGCUGCCACAGGUAUUCUUCACCCAGAAUCCUCCCAUAUGUCACCGACCACCAAAGAAGUACUCCAAUUCCUGCAUACGCAGAGCGACUCUACCCAGCUAGAGAUAAACACGCCUCAAGAGGAACACGAACGAAGAACUUUGGGCAGGGCACACCUUAGAGAGGCUCUAGUACUGCAGGAAGAAUGCCAGAGGCAGCAUCGCAUGUGCAGGGAACUCCGGGGUAAGCAUGCACUCGCAGCUGUGCUGAGGAACGCUCACAAAAGGGCAUUGCACGCUUACACUGCCACGGAGACUGAAGAUGAUUUCAGUGAUAUGCUGGAUCCACCGGGAAUACAACCUUCUACGAAGUUCCAGCUGUCUCUAACUGCACCAGACUUUGCUCAAUACCGAGUCACAGAUCUGUUUCGCUCGCUGGGCCCCAUAGCGAUAUUCUCGGCCAAAAGACACUGGUCAGCACCUCGUGUAGUCCAAUUGAGAAGAAACCGACCAGAUGAAGGUUUUGGCUUCUCAGUCAGAGGAGAUGCACCAGUUGUGGUCGCCGUGGUGGAACCAGGAUCCCUUUCUGAGUUUGGUGGAGUCAAAGAAGGCGAUUUUGUCGUUGCCAUUGGAGAAAAAGACGUCAAAUGGGCUUCGCACGAAGAAGCGGUUGCUCUGAUCAAAAGUGCAGGCGAUUCUUUGGUGUUGAAACUGGUCACGCCGAUGGAUCGGAAUUUCCUGAAGUCUGGCAAAUCGGGAAAGGGAUCUGUGUCCACUAGGAGUAGCAGUGGAUCGUCCAGUUGUAUGUCCAGUCCCGCGGGAUCUGUGACGCAACACAACGGUUCCAAAGCGGGGUUGUUAGUCUCUGGGGCAAAACUGAAUUGGAACCCGUUCAAAAGGAACCAUUCGACUAGUCGCGAAGGAAAGGAUUUCUUAGAAAACGUUAUUCUGAGAUAAAAAAAAAUAAUUAUGUACUUUGUUUUUUUUUCUGGUGGUACAAAUGAUUCUGUAUUAACACUAAACAAAUUCUAAGCAAACAGUGUUUGGAAUUCGUUCAGUGUUCUUUGUCUUUGUAUAAUGUUUGCAUUUAAAUAAGAGAUGUAAAUAGACUGUUUUAAAUUAAAAACUUAAGUAAAAAAACUAUAUAGUUUGUAAAGUUUAAAUUAUCUAGUCUUGUAUUUCUUUCACUCUUUGUUUCGUCUUCUCGCAGAGAAUAAAUUUCAAAAUCUUUCAUUUACUCUCAUUCUGCUGUCUAUAUUGUAUGCUACAUCCAAAUAUGAGAUUGUAAAAACUUAUUUAUAUAAAAAUAAUGAUUUAAUAAGAAUGAAAGUUGUAGUGUGGAUCCAGCUCGAGUUAUUAUUUAUUACAAAUUUUAUCGUUAAUGUAUUAUUUAAUAUAUUUUUAGUAUUUUAUAUACGUAAGUUUGUAGUUUUAAGUGAACAUUGUUGUGUACAGAUAUGCAAAAUAUAAUUAUUUCUACGAUAA